AUGGAUCAAUCCCCCCAUUUCACACGGCUUCCUCCGGAGGUCCAUGCGAACGUCCUUUCGUUCCUGCCGUCCAAUCGUGAUGUCGCUGCCUUGUCUGCCUCAUGUCGCCUUUUCCACGGCCUUUGUGACAUGGGCAAGCGCCGGGAGUACAGGCGACUUCGCGUCGUGCCGAAGCCGGACAGCCUGAAUCGCACUUUUAACCGGCUCUUGGAGAUCUUGAAGCGGCCCAGUAUAGGUCGCUAUGUGCGCGAAAUUCAUUUUCACACGGACCUGAGAUUCACCCUGAUCCGUAUGCACUUGGCUCCUUCCGACAACGGCCACCACCUAGACCCCGAGGAGAUCAAGCUGUUGCAGAAUUCGUCAUAUGGGGUCUAUAUGGCCCAGGUAUUGGCGCUGCUUCUUAUCAUCGUCUCCCCGAAUGUGGAGUAUAUCCGCAUCCCGGCACCUUUCCAAUCUCUCGCCACAUACUUGCAGGACGGGGAACCGACCAUUCUUCCAGAGAACGUGGAAUUCCCAAUUCUAGGCUUCCUGCGCCGUAUAAACGCCAAUCCCGAGAAGCGUUUUCUACAGAACCUGCGGUCCGUCUAUAUUGCCACUGAUCAGGAUGUUCGUGAAGAUCCUUGGCCGGGGUACUACUGCCCCCUAGACUUCACUAGGUGCAUGGCACUAUUCAGAGUGUUCCCGGCCGUCGAAGAAAUUAUGGCGAAUUCGAUGGAGCCCAUACUGUCCACAACCCCCUUCCUCAGGAUGAUGAGAGCCUAUGAAGAGUACAUGGACGACGCAGAAAGUCAUCACCCCCUGUCAACGUCUGAACAACCAGGUGCAGCGGAUACCAUGGAUGACGAAGAAAGCCAGAGCCCUCUGCCAGCUCCGGCGCGUAUUGUAAUGGACACCCCACAGGAAGACAUCAUGUACGAUGUCUCCUGGCUGAAGCCUGCAUCCACAAAUUUCAGCACAAUCACCAUGAUGACUUCUUCGGUCGAUUGCAGGUACAUGGCAGCUGUGACCUUAUCGUCCAAGGAACUUAGGUCAUUCACGUACGGCGUUGGAGGAAGAGGGCGUAUCGGAAACGGCUUCCCUAUCUUCAACCCCAAGACAUUUAUCCAGGCGAUGUUGAUGCACAAGACAACUCUCGAUAGAUUGCAUAUGGAUAUCGACGGCGAAUGGCUUCUCGAUGAUCACAUGACACCGGAAGAGGAGCAGGAGGUGGAGGCGGUUUUUGAUCGGUUCGGUGGCCGACACGACAUGAGCGCCAGCCCGUUGGACUUCGCAUUACCAGGUGCGCUGUGGGAGCAGAGUGGAUCAUUACGAGAUUUCCACGCUUUAAAGACGUUAGAAAUGGGGUUGAGGUUUCUGAACUACUUCGCUCGGGGGAUUCUCGUGCCAAACAUCGAAAACUUCAAUCUGGUCGAUCACCUGCCGCCGAAUCUGGAGACUCUUACGAUAAGGGGAUAUGAAAGCGGGGCGAAUGCGGAGCACGACGCCCAGGUGAAUGCAUUACGCGCCUUACAAGCGAGCCCCUCGUCCAAGUUAACGGAGCUUGAUGGUGUUGAUCGCUUCAUUCCCGAUAACGAGCAUAUCCAACCCGUCGUCACCAUCCUGCAUCGUUUGGGGGGCAGGCUGGACGACAGGUGGUCUGAGGACGGGGAAUCGGUUCCAGACCCAGACUCGAAUCUCUCGGAUUUGGAAGAAUAGCCUAGGCAGGAUGGUCAUCAUUGGUAGUUUCUUCAUUUUCCUGCGCUAUAUUUCGGGAGUUCGAUGUUUGUAUAAUGCAAC